AUGGCCGAUGUACCGCUGCGGGUAAUUUCAGAGAACUCAGCUUCCGAACGGCGCAUCACGCCAUCGUGGUCCAUCACCACGCUCAAAGCAAAACUCGAGCCCAUCACAGGCAUACCCCCCUCCGCGCAGAAGCUCAGUCUCAAAGCUUCAGGAGGGUCGGAUGCCAUCCACAUUGAAGCGGCAGAUGAGGACAACACCCGGUUGUCCAGCUUUCCCCUGGCGCCUUACGCCGAGCUGCACGUGGGGGAUACCCGACCACCCGGCGCAAGGCCCAAUUACACCGACACAUCUGGGGUCGAUAAGUACGAGAUGCCCGAGGAAGAGUACGAAAAGAAGACGGACUCGGUAUUGGCAUGGAAAAAAGCCCAGAAACUUGGUCGUUUCGAUCCAAACGCCCCAAGCCACGAGCAAGCCAGACUGGAGGCUUUGGAACAAGAGGUACGCCAGCGUGGCAUUAAGGUCGGUAAGAGGUGCCGUAUCGGCGGUGAGGACACUAGGCGCGGAGUAGUCAAGUAUGUGGGAGAGGUGAAGGAGAUCCCGAACGGCAUCGGGCAAUGGGUGGGUGUCCAGUUAGAUGAACCGGUGGGCAAGAAUGACGGCAGCAUUGGCGGCUGUCGGUAUUGGGGAGAACCAUCAACAAUGAAGCAUGGCGUGUUUGUGCGUCCAGAGCGAGUAGAGGUUGGGGAGUUUCCGCCUAUGGAUGAUCUCGAGGACAUGGAGGAGAUUUAG